AUGUGUCCUGCGUGGCUAUUGGUUGCCGUGCUGGUUGUGGGCGUGGCCAGAGGAGCAGUCGGUCAGUGCUGGGAACAUCUGAGCUGCCGGGAGCCGAACUCUGAGAGCAGCAUGAAGGAGUGCAUCCAGCUCUGUCGCUCUGACCUCACUGACGAGACGCCCGUCGUCCCCGGCAACGCCCACCUCCAACCCCCCCCUCCAUCAGACCCCUCCUCCUCCUCCAUCCUCCCGUCCUCCUCUUCCUCUCCUCAGGCCAAGCGCUCCUACUCCAUGGAGCACUUCCGCUGGGGGAAGCCCGUAGGGCGGAAACGGCGCCCGGUCAAAGUCUACACGUCCAACGGCGUGGAGGACGAGUCCGCCGAGGCCUUCCCCGGAGACAUGCGGAGGCGGGCGCUGGCCGGCGAGCUUCUGGCAGCGGUGCAGGAGGAACAGGAAGUGAUGGAGGAGGACGAAGGAGAGGAGGAAGAGCGCCUGGCGAAGAAAAAGGACGGAGCGUACAAGAUGAAGCAUUUCCGCUGGAACGGCCCGCCGGGCAGCAAACGCUACGGAGGCUUCAUGAAGAGCUGGGACCAACGCAGCCAGCGGCCGCUGCUCACGCUCUUCAAAAACGUCAUCAACAAAGACGGACAGCAAGAGAAGUGA